GGGUUUAUCCUGACGAUGUCCUAAAGGCAACUUUAAAUGCAUUCUUAUGCAAAGUGUCCGUUUGCAUUCCCUUGACUAUAUAUGGACAUGCACCUGUUUUAGUACACGGUAACUUCUGCCACAGCAGACAACGUGCCAAGUCUCCCAGUGAACACCUUCGACGUUCAAUACUCAGGUUCCAAACAAUAACCGACCACCAUGGCUGGUGAAGAAGAUGUUGCUGCGCUGGUUGUGGACAACGGGUCCGGGAUGUGUAAGGCCGGCUUCGCUGGAGACGAUGCCCCGAGGGCCGUCUUUCCGUCCAUCGUGGGCAGGCCAAGACAUCAGGGUGUGAUGGUCGGCAUGGGCCAGAAGGACAGUUAUGUCGGUGACGAGGCCCAGAGCAAGAGAGGCAUCUUGACCUUGAAAUACCCCAUCGAACACGGCAUCGUCACCAAUUGGGACGACAUGGAGAAGAUCUGGCACCACACCUUCUACAACGAGCUGCGUGUCGCUCCCGAGGAGCAUCCUGUGCUUCUCACUGAAGCUCCGCUCAACCCCAAGGCCAACAGGGAGAAGAUGACACAGAUCAUGUUCGAGACCUUCAACAGCCCGGCCAUGUACGUGGCCAUCCAGGCCGUUCUGUCCCUGUACGCCUCCGGUCGGACGACUGGGAUCGUGCUGGACUCCGGUGAUGGUGUGUCUCACACGGUGCCCAUCUAUGAAGGCUACGCUCUCCCACAUGCAAUCAUCCGUCUGGACCUGGCUGGAAGAGACCUGACAGACUAUCAGAUGAAGAUCCUGACUGAGAGGGGAUACUCUUUCACCACCACAGCCGAAAGAGAAAUCGUUCGUGAUAUCAAGGAGAAGCUGUGCUACGUCGCUCUGGACUUCGAACAGGAGAUGCAAACGGCUGCCUCCAGCUCCAGUCUGGAGAAGAGUUACGAGCUGCCUGAUGGACAGGUCAUCACCAUUGGCAACGAGAGGUUCCGGGCACCCGAGGCGCUCUUCCAACCUUCAUUCCUCGGAAUGGAAUCUGCAGGAGUUCAUGAGACCACCUUCAACUCUAUCGGCAAGUGUGAUAUCGACAUCCGUAAGGACCUGUACGCCAACACCGUCCUCUCUGGUGGUACAACCAUGUUUCCCGGCAUAGCGGACCGCAUGCAGAAGGAGAUCUCCGCCCUGGCUCCUCCAACCAUGAAGAUCAAGAUCAUCGCUCCUCCCGAGAGGAAGUACUCCGUGUGGAUCGGCGGGUCCAUCCUGGCCUCCCUGUCCACCUUCCAACAGAUGUGGAUCAGCAAGCAAGAGUACGACGAGUCUGGACCCUCCAUCGUCCAUCGCAAGUGCUUCUAGUGUCCUACCCUGACACAGAGUCUACCAAAGCGAGACUAUACGUCCGCUAUAAAGAUCAGUUACUAACUUCCUUAUACAUAACCCUAGUCGAUUGAUAACAGGUACCAACUUUGAUUUUAACAAAACUCUAUGCCGAUCGGGCUGUUUGCUGAAAAGACAAAACUGAAGUGUGUAUCAAUAAAAAUGCACAGGGUAUGCCACUGAA